AUGGAAAUCGAGGUCUCCAGCUCGACUCACGAUACCGACACCCAAGCUAAUCGCGUCGAUUUGGAAAGUAUUCGUGUCAAGCGGAAGACGCUGCAGAAUUUGCUCGAGGAUUGCCAGAGAGCUAUUGAGCUGCUAAACCUCACCGAGAAUAGUCCCGGCGGCGAUACUUUCCAAGACGAUAACAGCGAACAAAGCGACUCACCGGACAGCGACGAGUUUUCGUCUUCCGAUCCUGAAGCUGAUAAAGUACCCUUACUCUCUUCGUUUUAUGAUCUUAUCAAAUCGAGAGUUGAAUGCCACGACUUCCGUGAAAAGAUAGAAUUAGCCCAAGUUUCAGUUCGCCAAGAUAUCGCAGAAGAGAGCAGCACUUGGGAUGUAGUUAGUGAAGAUGAUAUAUGGGAUGAAGGAAGUAUGGGUGAAACGGAAGAUGAUUAUGUGGUUGUUAGGGAAGAAGAUAUAGCAGACGGCAUUGCGUGUUUCAUGGCUACUUAUUUAUCAUCCCUUAAGCAGACUAAGGAUAUUUCUCCUGAUCAGCUUCAGAAAGCACUUAGCACGAUGUUUUCGGUGAAGAAGAGAAAGGGGAAGCUUCGGAAAGCGUGGGAAGGAAGUAAAGUUAUUUACAACGUAGCAUCAUGGAGCGCAACUGCGAUAGGGAUAUAUCAAAACCCGAUGAUCCUGAGUAUCGCAUCCAAAGCUUUCUGGGUGUCUUGCAAGGCCAUAUCAAAGCUUGUCUGA